AUGUCCCAGUCAGGGGCCCUGGCAUGGGCGGUGGUGCCAAUAGAGCGCCCUUCUAGGGGUGGUAGCUCCCACAGGGACCCUCCCAAGUGUGGCGGCGCCCCCAAGGGCCCUCCCAAGGGCAGCGGCGUCAACCGGGGUCCUCCCAGGGGCGGCCACGCCUCCAUGGGAGGUCAGGGUCCGAGAAAGGACCACGGCGCCAAAUGGGGCCCUCCCAGGGGCAGCAAAGGCCCUUCCUGGGGCCCGCCCAGGGCUGCCAUCCCCCGAAGAGCCUUCCCAAGAGCCCUCCCAGGGGCAACUGCUAUCCCAGGGGUCCUGCUAGAGUUAGCAGCACUCUCAAGGGCCCUCCCAGAUGUGGAGGUGCCCCUAGGAACCCUCACACUGGCGGCAGCGCCCUUAGGGGGCCCUCCCAAGGGCAGCGGGGCCCCAAGUGGCCCUUCUUAG